AUGCCCUUCCAGAACCAGUCAACUGAGGACUCUCCAUCAACCCCUCCCAGCAAACCCCUGAACUCAACUGAAAUAUCAGGGGCAUGGGAUGCACAGACACUCCAGGCACUCAAGAUCUCUCUGGCUGUGAUUUUAGCUAUCAUAACUCUAGCUACGAUUCUCUCCAAUACUUUUGUGAUCAUCACAAUAUUCCUUACCAAGAAGCUCCAUACACCAGCCAAUUAUCUCAUUGGUUCUCUGGCGGUGACAGAUCUCUUGGUCUCCAUUUUGGUAAUGCCCAUCAGUAUUGCAUACACUGUCACCCAAACCUGGACCUUUGGGCAGAUCAUGUGUGACAUCUGGCUGUCUUCAGACAUCACAUGCUGCACUGCCUCCAUUCUCCACCUCUGUGUGAUUGCGUUGGACCGAUACUGGGCCAUCACCGAUGCCCUGGAAUAUAGCAAGCGUCGAACCUUUGGCCGGGCGGCGGCCAUGAUUGCCAUGGUCUGGGUCAUCUCCGUGUGUAUCUCCAUGCCUCCACUUUUCUGGAGGCAGGCCAAAGCUCACGAAGAGCUGGCUGACUGCUUAGUGAACACAUCCCAGAUCUCCUACACCAUCUACUCCACCUGUGGUGCCUUUUACAUCCCCUCUGUGCUGCUCAUCAUUCUCUAUGGCCGGAUCUAUGCUGCUGCUCGAACUCGGAUCCUGAAGCCGCCUUCCCUGUACGGCAAACGCUUCACCGCUGCUCAUCUCAUCACUGGUUCCACUGGCACCUCCCUAUGUUCCAUCAACUCCAGCCUUCAGGAAGGGCAGCCCCACACGGGGGACUCACCACUUUUUAUCGGUCCUGUGAAAAUCAAGCUAGCUAGCAGCCUCCUGGAAAGGAAGAGGAUCUCAGCAGCCAGGGAAAGGAAGGCUACAAAGACACUGGGGAUUAUCCUGGGGGCCUUCAUCAUCUGCUGGCUGCCCUUCUUUGUCGUGUCUCUGGUCCUACCCAUCUGCAGAGACUCCUGCUGGUUCCACCCAGCCCUCUUUGACUUUUUCACAUGGUUAGGCUAUUUAAAUUCCCUCAUUAACCCAAUAAUUUACACUUGGUUUAAUGAAGAAUUCAAACAAGCAUUCCAAAAACUAAUAAGAUUCAAAAGAAGGCCCUCAUUUUAA